UUUUACAAUUUUAUUUUUAAUGGAAAAAAUUAGACUGCGAUAAAUUCCACAAUAUUAGAACACAUAAUUAUCAAGCAAUAACUUGUCAGAUAUCAGCUUUGUAGAACAUGCCUCAGGUAUUGUUUAAGAACCAUUCUGGAUCAGAGGUGACCGUAAACCUUUGUGGUGCAACAGUAACAUCAUGGAAACACGAGGGGGAGGAGUUCCUGUUUUGUAGUAAAAAAGCAGUCUUGGAUGGCUCAAAGGCUAUCAGAGGGGGAAUACCAAUUGUGUUCCCAAACUUUGGACCCUGGGAGCUGGGUCCCCAGCAUGGGUUUGCCCGAAUCAAGGAGUGGAAACAGGCCUCCGACCCCAGGGAUGGUGAAAAUGGGGCUGUCAGUAUGGACUUCUCCUUGGAAGAUGAUGAUCAGACAAGACAAAUGUGGGACAAGAAGUUUCGACUGGUGUACACUGUAACCCUCAUGCAAAACACCCUGGAGACAGCACUGACUGUCCACAACACAGGAGGUGAGGAGUUUGACUUCACAACGCUGUUACACACAUAUGUACGUGUGGAGGACAUCAUGACAACGACAAUUACUGGUCUCCAGAACUGCACGUACACGGAUAAGGUGCAUGUCGGUGAACAUGUAGAGGAACGAGAGGCAGUCGUCAUUGAUGAGAACUAUGACAGGAUCUACCAGGCGGUGGAUGGUGCUGUGAAUGUGAAUCAAGACAUGCAGACACUGGGGACACUCAGGAUAGAGCGUGAUAACCUCCCUGAUGUCGUUGUGUGGAACCCAUGGCAGGAGAAGGCUGCAGCGAUGUCUGACCUUGUUCCCAUGGAGUACCUGGAGAUGGUGUGUGUUGAGGCGGGGGCAGUCACCUCCCGCGUCGUCCUUCCGCCCGCACAGCAACGCACAUUCUCACAGAAACUCAUCAUCUGUCGAGGCCAGCAGGUCAUCCUCUGACUUACAGACAGAGAGAGGAAAAGUGUGUUGUGAUACUACAGUGGGAUAUAUUUAAGGGCACUUUAUGUCAUUUUGCUAGGAAUUCUACCUUAUAAUACAUUUUUAUACCCAAAGAUAGAUUUACAUUGCCAUCAUAAAGGAGUUGCAUUUGUCAUGUCAAGUCUUGCCAUGUUCAAAAUAUGUCAUCUCGUACUAAGGUACAAAAGUAAUCCACCUAUACUCGUAAAACUUUACAUAUAUUUUGGUCAGCUUGGGUCAGAUGAUCUUUCAAUUUUGUCAUAUUCCACAAGGGCUAACAAAAUUUAUCACACUUUACUAAGUAAAGAAAAUGUUUUAAUUUUGGGUCACAUGUAGCUCCAAAUGAGCUGCACAUAUACUCAUGAAACUUUAUAGGGAUGUUGGUCAAUGUUGGUUGCUGUAUGCCUGCUAAUUCUUUUAAAUUAUACUCUGUCUAACAAGAGAUAUGGCCCUUGAAUUAGUUAAAUGGUCCAAAAAAUUGUGUGUCAAAAGAGGCUACAAAAAGUAUUGCACCUGCAUUAUGAAACUUGAUAGGAAUGUUUGUUCAGCUUAGGCUUUUGUGAAACCUGCCUGCAAUUCGAAAUUCCACAACUCAAGGUUUAACUAUUUUUGAAUCUAUGGGUGUCUGGAGGUAUUCAUCACGACUGUGAUAGCUCAACUUGUUUAUUUUAUUGUCAGCUAAUGGUUUUGAAUUAUAUAGCCUCUUUAAUGCUUUUUUGAUUAUAUAAUACCAUAGCAAGACAUGGAAUGAUAUUUUUGUAUUUAUGUUUUUGUUUUUGAUUGUUGAUCAUUAACUUUGCUGUAUGUUUGGUACCUUACAACUAUGUUGUAACUUUUAUAAGCUGCUUGUUUACCUUUUUUUAAAGGGCAAGCCACAUUGUAUUUGUGAUCUUUUAGUUGAUGUUUAGUGUCUGAGAAAUCCUCAAUAUCAUCACAAUUUCUUGGUAUAGAACAAAGGAGUACAUACAGUAACUUACAUAACAAUGACCUUGUUUAUAAGUGUGCUGGUAUGCUUGAAAGGGCUGACAAAAUGCAGACUGGUACCCAUCCCAUAUAUGUGUUUGGGUCAUGGGUGCCAGUUGUUUUGCCUGGUCCAUGGCCAUCUGGUACCCAUCCCCCAUGUGUGUUGAGGUGAUGGGUGCCAGUUGUUUUGCCCAGUUCAUGGCCAUCUGCUACUCCCUUCACCCUGUCCAUCCACUUCAAUCCCAUUCUGAAACAUAGUUAACUUUGUGUUUUUUUAAACUACUGCACUACAAUGUUAUUAUAAGGGCCAGGCAAAAAAUUGCUGGUGCCCUAUAGUUAUCACCCAGUCCAUAGGUCUGUCCGUCCACAACUUUUAUGUUUUUUUUUUAUAUCUGAUUAGCCAUUCAAGAUAUCAAAUUCAUACUUUACAUAUUUCCUCACAUAUUAUAGUUCAAACUCUCUGUUGUGACAGGUUAUGUAAUUUAUGCCUAAAUAUUGUUAGAUUUAUUGCCCUGUGUAUACCUCUAAUUAAAUAUAUGACAUUUUU